CCCCCCUGCCCUGGGCACGACUCCGGCGCCCACGCGGUGUCCAGCGGGGCAGCAGCGGUGCUUUCCCUCUUCUUCCUCCUCCUUCCUCCUCCUCUCCCCGCGUGAGAGCAGCAGGCGCGGCCGCUGGCCCGGCACCCCCUUCUCUCCUGCCCUCCCUCGGGCAGCCCCCUCCGUUCCCUGUCCCUCCCUCCGCCGGGUGGGAGGUGCCCGGUGCCUGUAGAAAAGGGCCGGCUCGGGGCGGGCGGUCGGGAGGUGUCGGCGGCUGCCGGAGGUGUCUGAGCCCGGCGAGUCGGGGGUGGUGCCCAGAGCGGGGGGCUCGCACUGCACAAGGUGGAUUUGUCCGUCGGGCUUUUCCCCUUUGAGGACCUCCUGCUCAGCUACAGCAAUGUGGUUCCUGGAAAAGAUCAGAGCAUCACAUGAAGGUGGAAGUCUCCCUAGCUCUCCCUUCCUGGGACUGCCACAUGGUCAAAACCUGGCAGAAAAACCCCGACUGGGGGCUGCUGCUUUUCCAAACGUGCUCACCCCCGAUAAAAUCCCUGAAUUCUGCAUUCCCCCCAGGCUGACCGGCUCUGGCUCCAUUAAGGGCAGUGGCUCCCACCAGAAUCACAGUUCAGUGGAUGCAGCUUUUACCUCUGCCAAUAGCCCCGGCUCUUUGCCACACCUCAUCCAGGUGGAAAGUGUUGAAGAGGAAAUGACAGCCCUAGAGGACGAAAGCACCAACUCGGACCCCCAGUCCCAAGCAGCGCUUUCCCUGCCCCACUUUCCCAGAGCCCCCACUUCCUAUGGCUUCUACACUUUGCUGGAGAGCCCCCACACCAGGAGGAAGGAGUCCAUCUUCCACGGUGACCCCCGCGGUGCCCUGCCCAGCCUGGUGCUGCCUCGGUCCAGAGCCAACACCUUCAGUGGCAAGGGCAGUACCUCUAAUCCCAUUGCCAUCAGCUUUUCCUCGGUGAGGCUGCCUCCCAAGCAGCUCUCUCUGCACAGGCAGGGUGCCUGUGACAGCGACACUGCCUCCUCCAGCGAAUCCUCUCCUUUCAGCUCUCCUCUUCUGAGCAGGUCCCCUCCCAGACCCUGCUCCCUGACCAAAGCACAGAGUCAGGAGGGGUUGCUCUGCCGAGCACUGAAAGCCAAGAGCAAAUCCAGCGUGGCCAGGAACAAUUCCCUCUCUACGGAGGAGAGCAGCUCCACCGAUAACAGCCCCAGCGCCAUCAGGAGGGCCUCGGAGGGGCUGCUGGCCACGCGGACCUUCAGCACGUCCUGCUCUCCCCUCUUUCCUCUGGACCUGCCCCGCAGUCGGGAGAGGCUGGUGGGAGAGAGCACGGUGGUGAUGGACAAGGGGGGGCUGCUGAGGCUGUCGGCCGAGUACUGCUCCGAGAACGAGCGGCUGCGCAUCCGCCUCAUCAGCGCCGAGGGCCUGUACGAGGACUCCGUGGAGCCCAAACACAUCAACUGCUGCAUCUCCUUCUCCCUGGUGCCAGGGAAAACACAGAAGCAGAGAAGCACUGUUAUAAAGAGGAGCAGAAAUCCCAUCUUCAACGAGGACUUCUUUUUUGAUGGCAUUGCAGAGGAAGAGCUGCACAGCCUCUCUGUGAGGAUGAAAGCCACGAAUAAAGGGUGCAGUAUGAGACGGGACUACACCUUGGGAGAACGGCAGCUGCCUUUGAUGAGUAUGUUGUCAGUGUAAGGCUUCAAAUAUUGAAACAGAAAUUGUCUUCUGAAACUUUUCUACUAAAUAAAGUUUUGGGUUGAGUUUA